UCCGGAAGUAUUCAACGUUGUUAUGCUAGUUAUGUGUCAACACGUUAGCUUACGUGUGAAAGCGCUGGACCACAGAGGCAAUAGUAAUAGUUGACAGGCAUUUAGUUGAUACAAGAAGAAUAUAAACAACUCGAUAUUAUUGCUUAGUGUCUGUGAGCCGACUGUCACCCAGUCAGCCACAUUUAGACCGCAAAGAAAGUGGACUGCUAGCAAGCAGGCUAACUGCUAGCUCCUGACUCGUUUCCUAUCGGGAGAGAUGUCGUGCAGCUUGUUGGAGUUUUGCAGGCUCCAGGAGCUGAAAACAGUCCGAGACUUCUUAUUUCAGAGCCAGACAGUUGCACCGGCGGAGGAGAAGAACCACGCAGCAGACAAUGACUUUUCAUGGGACACGUCAGACUGGGAGUCAGCGUGGGAAAAUAACGAAAGUAAAGAGCAAGAAAGUACAGCUGGCGCCUCAGAGGUGGAAAGUGAUCCCCAAGAGCCAAGUGGACCCUGGCUGCAGGACUGUGUGGUGGCCCUGUCUCCAUGCUCAGAUCUACUGGUGGUUGCACGUGAACAAAAGGCUGUGUUCCUGUCAGCAAAGUGGCGCACAGAUGAUGCCGGCAGAGAGGAGAUGACUCUUGCAGUGUCCUGGAGUGGAAGCCUGAGCACCGAAGACGGAGAGUGCGUGAGCAGCUCCAUCUGCAUUCCCCUGGCCAGUCAAAAGAGGAGUUCCACUGGAAGGCCUGACUGGACCUGUGUCGUAGUGGGCUUUACUUCAGGUCAUGUCCGCUUCUACACUGAGAGCGGCGUUCUGUUGCUGUCACAGCUGCUGCACGAAGAUCCCGUUCUAAGGCUCAAAUGUCGCACGUAUGAAAUCCCGCGUCAUCCUGGAGUAACUGAGCAGCAUGAAGAGCUGAGCAUCCUCUACCCUGCAGCGCUGGUCACCAUUGAUGGCUUCAGCCUGUUCCAGUCUCUGCGAGCUUGUCGGAACCAGGUUGCAAGAGCUGCGGCUGCAGGAAGUGACACGAUCCAGCCGCCGCCUCUCGCUUACAAGAAGUGGGGUCUGCAGGACAUGGACAACAUUGUGGAUCACUGUAGUGUUGGCGUCAUGACCUUGUCUGUUUUCGACCAGCUGAAAAAUGCCUCAGUCCUUGGAGGCUUCAGUGCUUCGAUCAAGGGUAGCCCCCCUGCCAUGAGUCAGUACAUCACGGUGGGAGGUGGGCCGUACACAGGCUUCUACUAUGCUGUAGACGGAAGCUCUCAGCCCCUUCUCUCUCAUGUGGCUCUGGCUGUGGCCAGUAAACUCACCUCUGCUCUCUUCAGUGCUGCCAGUGGGUGGCUGGGUUGGAAUAAAAACAAGAACGAAGAGGAGCCAGUGCAGAAGCAGAAGCCGAAGGUGGAACCUGCCACACCUUUAGCAAUCAGAUUUGGACUCCCAGACUCUCGCCGCCACGGCGAGUCCGUCUGUCUGUCUCCGUGCAACACACUGGCGGGAGUGACGGAUGAUUUUGGACGAGUCACUCUGCUGGACCUGUCCCGCGGCAUUGCCAUCCGCAUGUGGAAAGGUUACCGAGACGCUCAGCUUGGUUGGCUGCAGGUUCCAGAGGAGAGAGGAGAUCGAGAGUUCUCGCCUUCGUCCUCCCUACCCCGGCGGCAUGCGCUCUUUCUAGUGAUCUACGCUCCACGCAGAGGAAUCCUGGAGGUUUGGGCGAUGCAGCAUGGGCCCCGGGUGGGAGCCUUCACUGUAGGGAAACACUGCAGGUUGCUGUAUGCAGGCUACCGGCUCAUGGGGGUGAACAGUGUGACCAGUCAAGGAUGGCAGCUGCACACACAGCAGGUCUGUCUGCUGGAUCCCAUCACAGGCGCUAUGAGGACCGUCAGCAUUCCUUUCCACCUGGCCCUCAGUGACAAGAAAAGUGAACGAGCCAAAGACAUGCAUCUGUUGAAAAGACUGACAAAUUUACUGAGGAGUCGAGAUGUGGAGCCUGACGUCCUGGAGACCGAAGCCAAAACGGUGUUGCUGGACAUCAAACAUCCAGCCAUUAAGAAGCAGGGUUUGGAAUCUCUGCUGUCGAACAAGAACGUUCCUGUCUCAUGUCUGAGUAACAUUGUGGAGGCGUUGCUCUGCAGUUUGGAGAGACAAGAUCCUGAGGAAGUGGAAUCGGCGUUGGUGCAACUGUGUUCUUCACAGCUGAAACUGCUGCGUCUCUACACGGACAUUCAGCUGCUGCACUCUGCUGCAGAGUCCGGGGAACCCUCUGAAGAGCUGGACUCCCCUGAGGGCUUAGAGGAGGAGCUGUCCCGCGUGGAAGCUACCCUCCAGCGAUACGCGCAGCUGACCUCCAGGCCCAGUGUUUCCUUCGCUCAAGACUCUCCAGACUCCCCACUGUCGUCUCAAACCUUCCUCUCCCAGAUGGAGUGUCGCGAGGACGGGCAGGUGAAACUGAUCCAGCGCUCCGAACCUGAGUGGAACCAGCUUGGCACUUUUGUGUUCUGGGGGUGUUUGAAUGGUAAAAGCCCCCUGAAAAGACUGUGUGAGACGGUGCAGCAGGCUGGGAUUAGUCCUCAACAGCUCUUGUCUCUGCUGCUCCACGUCUGGCUGCAGAGGGAGAAGGAGGUUCUGCAAAGACCAGUCCAAAGUGUCAGAAAUCUCCAUUCACUCCUCGUCAUUCUCAGCAACAUGAAAGGUGCAAUAGAGGAAUCAUGGGACCCUCAGUCUGUCUCCCCCUGGUGGCAGCAAGUGCGCCAGUCUUGUGUCCAGUCCCGAAAUGCUGCUGCCGCUCUUCUCGCAGCACUAGUUGCUCACCGUGCUGCAAAAGCCAGCACAGCGAGCCGCGCCGACACGAAGCUGCAGUCCGAGUGGGAGGCCGUGUCCCUGGAGUUGGAGCAGUGGUUGGUGUGUGUGCGGCAGCUGGAGGACGUGCUGGUCUUGCAGACCCUUCUGCUCGUUGCUCCCAGCUCCGGACCAGCAGGGGGCGCAGCUGCUCAGUGCUCUAUCAAGACUCUGCUGGAGGGAGGGACAGGUGCGAUCACAGACAACGUGUCCAAGUGGGUUUUCAGACACGACUUCCUGCCGCAGCGACUGAAGGACAUCCUGCAGAAGAGUGACUGUGAAGAGGUUGAAAACCCCGGAGUGGAGAAGCAGAAGAGCGAAGGAGAGAAGGAAGACGGGGCAGCAGACCUUCUGGUCGCGGCCUGUCAGCGGUUCCCGCACUCCCUGUCUCCGGACCUGCUGCUGGCUCACUGCUGCUGGGAAUAUGUGGUGCAGUGGAACAAAGACCCCGAGGAGGGUCAGUAUCUGUGUAGAGCUGUCGAUCAUCUCAAGUUGGUCUCCAGUCCACACAUCCAGCUGGGUAUUUGUACGAUGAUGUGGAGCACCUUCCUUGUGAAGCGCUUCUCGGCGGCGGCGUACCUCAUGGAGAAGGUGGGGAAGGCCCCCAAAGAUCGGCUGUGUCGGCGGGACGUGGGGAUGGGAGACCAAGCGGUGACCUCGUUCCUGGGCUGCUGCGUCCAGCUGCUGCAGGUCCUCAUGGAGGUGGAUGCGGCAGCCGAGGAGGUCCCGCCCCCUGAGCUGUCCCUGGAGGAGGUGUGGUCCGCGGCCGAGGGUCCAGCCUCCAUCGCUGAGCUGGCCCUGGAGCAGAAGGGUGUCCACUACCCGCUGGUCCAGCACCACUGCCUGCUGGCCACCAUCAUGCACGCCGCCAUGACCUUCAACCUGAAGGUCAAGCCAAUCAGCCUGUUUGACAACAAGGGCAAGAACGCUUUCUUCCGAGAGCUGAUGAGCAUCCAGCUGAUGCCCAGUGGAGACAUGGACCCGGGGCUGGUCCUGCAGCGGCAGGAGUUCCUGCUGCGCCUGCUGAGCAGCUGGGUUCAGGCCACGGGCGACCCCUCUGACGCUGGACCCGGGGCCUCAUGGUGGCCCUCGCUCUGCCUGGACCUGGGCACCCUCCUGCAAGUGAGCCCUGACGUGUUGCGGCGCCACCUGGUGUGCCAGCUCUAUAGCCAAGGCCUGGACCGGCAAGCUGAGGAGGCCACGCUGGAGGUGGAGGACCGGGACGUGCUGGGCUCCCAGCUGCUGGUGCUGUCGGGUCAGAGGCUGAGCCACUCGCUGCUGCACCAGCAAACGCAGACGCAGCCGGCCAUGGAGCUGCUGGCCCGCCUGCCGCCCACCCUCUGCACCUGGCUCAAGGCCAUGGACCCCAGCGAGCUGCGCUGCCCCCUGGUGCCUCUGCCACAGACCAGCAGGCUGGUCGGCCGGCUGGUGGAGAUGCUGCCGGAGAAUCACGCGCAGUACAGUCUGGCGCUGCACCUCAUGGAGGCCGUGGAGGCUCUGACGCCCGACUCCUGAAGCACAACCUGACGCCACAGGUGAACUUCCCCUCCAGAACCCAGCUCUUGCUCUGUAGAUGCCCAGCCCCAGCGUCAGCCCCUGGUGUCACGCAGCGUAGAAUAAACACCUCCAGACUCAUUCAUUCAUUUAUUAUCUUACAUGAACGUUCACACUCACAGCCGGAAGCCCCUCCCCCCCCCGGGGUCCACGUCACACAGUGACAAUGCAGUUCUGUAAAGCGUUUCAUUCCAUCUCGACGAGCUCAGGUCAGCGGGGGGGCCACAACGCUCUGGCAGCGUGGACACAGGCAGUCUGCCGACUCGGCAGUGUAGCGACGGCAGCGCGCGCAGCGCUCGGCGGCCGUUGGCACCACGGCGAUGCUGUAUGCGCUGUCCUCACGAAUGACGCCACCUGCUGACACAAGCAGGUCAGGGGUUGAAGCUGUGGCAGUCACCUGAUCCGCCUCACCCUCCAGGUUGAUGAGGAAGCUGCCGUGGCUCA